AUGUUCUACAGCCACGAGAUCUUGACGAGUCGAAAGUAUGGCGUCGCAACCGUUUGGCUCGUCGCCACCUUGGGUGCAAAGUCGAGUACUAAGAAAGUGACACGUAAAGCUAUCCUCGAUGUCAACGUCAAGAAGGCAUGCGAGACCAUCAUGGAGCCCGAAGCACCGAUGGCAUUGAGACUGCAAAGUAAUCUUCUCUACGGUGUUUCGAAAGUGCACGACCAGCAAUGGGAAUACCUGCUCGCGGAUACACAAGCAGCUAACAACGGUAUGAGAGCACUCCUCAAGGUGGUACGCACCGAUGGACUUGAUCCAGAUGCAGGAAAAGCUCGUCCUGAGCAACUGAUUCUCCUCGAUGACCCAGCUUUCCUUCCUGAGAACGGUCUACCUAUCUUUGAUUUCUCCAUUCUUGACCUCGAUCCGAAAGGCGACUCUCAGCGUUCCUCACAAUCCAUGCUGUCUAUUCGUCAUCGCAGCGGCUCUGUCUCUUCGUCGCACUCUCCUUCGGUCUUGGGUCUCAACAUCCCUUCAUCCAGUAAUGGCGGCACAGGAGCAUACCAGCUCCCUGAUCCAUUCCACCAGUCUUCUGGUCAGAAGAGCGCGGGUCUAGGCCUCAACAUGUUCGGCGACGAUGAAGUGGCCAUCUACAACGAUGAGGAUAUGCUCUUCGACUUCGGUGAUGAUGGUGAACUUCGAGAUAUUCCAGCUAGUGAACGUGAAGCUCGCCGCGCAGGCAGCGUAUACCCUCAAGGACGUCUUGGCAGCGAUUCUGCGGCUAGUGGGCGCGUUCGUAAGGAACAUGAAGAUGCUCUUGCAGGCCGUGCACUACCCAUUAUCGACGGAGAUGGUGACUUCAACAUGGUCCAGUACGACGAUAAUAUGCAAAUGCUUCCAGAUGCCGAACCGUUUCCUGUCAUGACUGGUGGGCUCGGCGCAAGUGACAGACCAUUGAACCUUCUCCACGAAGACCGCGUUGUCUCUGAAGAGCCAUCCUCAGACUCUGCAGAAGCUCCUCAAAAGCGCAAGAAGACCAAGGCCAAGAAGAAGGCGGGACUCAUAGAUAAAGACCACGAAAUCAAAAACGGUUUACUAGCUCAGUGGCAACGAGAAUAUGUCGCCCAACAGUUCGCCGAGACACUUCUCAAAGUCAACCGAAAGGCGACCUUACUGGCGAAGAAGAACGCCUUCCAUUUCGUCUUCGGCUCGGGUCUCAAUGGCGUCGGCGAAGGUGUUGGUUCUGCAAAGUUUGCAAGCCCACUUGACAUGUACUCCGGAGUUUCUCUUCUUGCAAAGCUCACUGGCCAGCCUGUUCCUACUGCUGACGCUCCCAAGUCCAAGAGAGCUACCAAACGACCGCAUGCUGACGAAGACGAAGACGAGCAGCUCGGCACUCCUAGCAAGCGUGCUAGAGAAGACGAAGUCGGCCGGGGCUACGAAGAUGAUGGAAUGAUGCUCAACAUGGACUUUGAAGGGGACAACAACAAAAACAAUAGCCACGAACAAAGCGUAGAACUUGGUCGAGAUGCUCCGUCCGCUCUCCCAGACUACCCAUCCUCCGCUAUGCCAUGGAAUAUCUCAGCCUCCCUACACUCCCACCAGCGUGGCCAGUCUUCCUCGAUUCAAGGUCGUGUAGGUGUCCUCGGUUCCCAACUCGGAUCAAUAGGUCGUCACCUCACGUCCGCAUCCCCACUCAUCGGUCGAGGUUCAGCCCUUCCAGGCGACUUGGAACAAUUCUCACAACUCAUCGGCGACAAUGAUCCAAUGGUCAUGUAUGGCCGCGACGAUGAAGGCCUUGCCAGUGGAAGCCAAGCACCUGAUUUUGGUGAUCUAGGAGGCGGCGUAAGCUCAAGCCAAGCUUGCGGCCACGAUGAAUUUGAGAUCUUUGGAGCUGCUGCUGCCGUCGAUACCCAGACUGCUGGUAGCUCGCAAUGGGUUAAGCAGGCUCUUAAUCGCGAGUCUAACAAUUUUUUCGAAUAUGUGAGGAAUACGAUUAGUGAGAAGCUUGGCGAUGAACUUGGAAAUGAGGAAGAUCCGUUGGGUGCUCAGGAGUUUGGCCAGAAGAGUGUCACAUUCGAAGAGUUGUUUGUUCCAGACAACAAUACUUGUAUCGUGGCUGCUCAGGCUUUCUACCACGUUCUUUGUCUUGCGACGAAGAACAGAGUUUGGGUUGGGCAGACGGUGGAGGAUAUGGAGCCGUUUGGGGAGAUUCGAAUGGGUGUCGUUGUCGUUUGAGGUGUUUGGAGGGCGUUCAAUGAAUUCGACGAAUAGGGUAACGAUUCUGCUGGAUAUGCAAAACUCCCUGUCUACACGAUGGCCUUGGGAUGGAGUCCGUACCGAAUAUUUGCUUCAAUAUUGCUUACACUGUGGGAAGACCACGAGGAUUAGGUUGAUACGCAUUUGCUACAUUUAUGGAAAAGGACAGAGAUCAGGGCAUUGAGAUACCACUUGCAUAGAUAUGGGUAGAUAGGUACCCUUUGCUUGAUAGACACGAUAAUACAACCC